AUGCAACAUUUAUGAUUCUUCCUCUCUCCGACCUCCUAAAACCUUAGAGGACAUAUAUUCCCUCCUCAGUAGAAAAGGAAUAAUUAAUAUAUAUGCAUAUACUGUAUAUGUAACUAUCUAUAUAAUAUUCAUCAGCAUUCUCCCUCUUACUCGCUUAUCAUGGCCAGCGCCGAGCAAGAGCUCUCACGCACAUCUCACGUGAGAUACUUCACAGAUGACGGCGACGACACCGACGACUAUGAGGACGACGAUGAGGAGGAGCUAGAGGAAGAAUCAUGGAGAGAUCGACGGCAGGACAACGUUGGUGAUGAAAUGGCAGAAGGGCGAGAGGGCUUGGGGAUGAUGGGUUGCGGUGCUUGCUUCUCCUUCCCGAGCGGGAGGAGGAGGAGGAGAGCGUCGGGGUGGGGGUGGUGGUUGGGGCAGGUGCUGGACCCGAGGGCAAAGUGGGUCCAGGAAUGGAACAGGGUGUUCCUGCUGGUCUGCGCGACGGGGCUGUUCGUGGAUCCACUCUUUUUCUACGCGCUCUCGGUGAGCGACACGUGCAUGUGCCUCUUUGUCGACGGCUGGUUCGCCAUCACCGUCACAGUCCUCCGGUGCAUGACCGACGCCCUCCACGUCUGGAACAUGUGGCUCCAGCUCAAGAUGACCAAGCGCUGCGGCCACUCCUUCUCCUCCUUCAUGGCCAAGGAGGCUGGCGGUGGGGAUGACGCGGCGAAGGGGGGAGGCAUGGCCGCUCGCGCGGUGGCACUCCAAUACCUUAAGGCGAAGAAGGGGUUCUUCUUUGAUCUCUUCGUCAUCCUCCCUAUACCUCAGGUGGUGCUGUGGGUGGUGAUACCUAGGUUGCUGGAUCGAGGGUCGACGACGGUGGUGAUGACGGUGUUCCUGAUAAUGUUCCUCUUCCAAUACCUCCCCAAGAUCUACCACUCCGUCCGCCUCCUCCGCCGCAUGCAGAGCCUCUCCGGCUACAUCUUCGGUACUGUCUGGUGGGGCAUCGCCCUCAACAUGAUCGCCUACUUCGUCGCCUCCCACGCCGCAGGAGCGUGCUGGUACUUGCUCGGGAUACAGAGGGCUGCUAAGUGCAUGAGGGAGCAGUGCCGGCUAACGCAAGGGUGCUGGCCGAGGAUCCUGUCCUGCAAAGAACCGAUCUACUAUGGAACCACGAGCAUGGUGACCGAGAAGGCGAGGCUUGCCUGGGGAGAGAACAAGCUGGUGAGGUCGAUGUGCAUCGAGAGCCCCAACAACUACGACUAUGGGGCUUAUAAGUGGACCGUCCAGCUGGUCACCAACGAUAGUCGGCUCGAGAAGAUCCUCUUCCCGAUCUUUUGGGGACUCAUGACUCUUAGCACUUUUGGGAACUUGGAAAGCACGACCGAGUGGCUAGAAGUUGUCUUCAAUAUCAUUGUCCUCACCAGCGGGCUCCUUUUGGUCACCAUGUUGAUCGGUAACAUCAAGGUGUUCUUACAUGCGACAACCUCGAAGAAGCAAGCGAUGCAGUUGAAGAUGAGGAACAUCGAGUGGUGGAUGAGGAAGAGACACCUGCCCCCAGGGUUCCAGCAGAGGGUCCGUAACUACGAGCGCCAGCGCUGGGCGGCGAUGCGAGGGGUCGACGAGUGCGAGAUGAUAAGGAACCUGCCCGAGGGCCUCCGGAGAGACAUCAAGUACCACCUCUGCCUAGAUCUCGUCAGACAGGUGCCUCUGUUCCAACAUAUGGACGACUUGGUGCUCGAGAACAUCUGCGAUCGUGUGAAAUCUCUCAUCUUCACGAAGGGAGAAACCAUAACGAGAGAAGGCGAUCCAGUUCAGAGGAUGCUAUUCGUGGUGAGGGGCCACCUCCAGAGCAGCCAGGUCCUAAGAGACGGAGUGAAGAGUUGCUGUAUGCUGGGGCCUGGAAACUUCAGCGGCGACGAGCUCCUCUCAUGGUGCCUCCGACGGCCAUUUAUUGAAAGGCUGCCACCAUCCUCGUCGACCCUUGUGACUCUUGAAACCACGGAGGCAUUCGGCUUAGAAGCAGAAGAUGUGAAGUAUGUGACCCAACAUUUCAGAUAUACGUUCGUGAAUGAGCGCGUGAAGCGAAGUGCAAGGUACUACUCGCCGGGGUGGAGGACGUGGGCAGCGGUGGCGAUCCAGCUGGCAUGGCGGCGUUACAAGCACCGGCUCACCCUCACCUCCCUCUCCUUCAUAAGGCCGAGGAGGCCGCUGUCACGGUGCUCGUCUCUCGGGGAGGACCGGCUCCGCCUCUACACGGCCCUGCUGACUUCUCCUAAGCCAAACCAAGAGGAUUUUGACUUCUGAAAUAUUCCAAAAAGCAUAAAUAUGUCCAUAAACAAAAAAAACUCUUGCAGGCGUGGAAUUUUACUCUAUUUAUUUAUUCCUUUGCUUCUUUAUCUAUUUUUUCAAUCAAA